UCCUUACAUCUAUUACAACUCAUCUCUAAACCUCAGGUCACAGAGGCUGACAGUCUGACGCCAUGGAAAUCUUCUUCAUGACCGCAGUGACCUUUUUGGUCUCUAUGUACACUCUCUUCCAACCGUUGCUGGAAUCCUACGACUUCCCCUUCGACAUCCCCUUCCAGAUCGCAGGCCUCAGACACUCCAUCGCCGACCAUGCCAUGAAAUCUUUCCCAGAAAAAUAUACCCUCUCCGGAGCUACCCCAGUCUCUGCUUCCUGGCCUAUUAGGGAGACAGGCCCUACUCAUGCCUUUCCUUCCCAAACCUGGCCAGAGGCGGGGGGUUUUUUCCAGUCUCUUUUCAACAGAAUGUAUAGACCCAGUCCUUAUGUUCUCCUGACAUCAACCUUCUGGCUCACGAUCUUGUUCGCGUGCUUUAUGUACGCAGCCUGCGCCGCUCUGGCACAGUGGAUCGAAUCCAAUAAAGCUAUGACUGAACAAGUGAGCAGAGCACGCAUCCAGCCUAGCGGGAGCGAGCUUGAGAGGUUCUACGACGAUGUCAUGAAGAAAAGUCAUGAAUAUGUCUCUGGACAAAUGAAUGACUUCAAGAAGGACUGGAUUCAGGUCAUGGAGGAUGUGAAACAAACGCAGGGCGUGUUCCGAGAGCAGUUGGCUGCGCUGACGCCGCAGGUGCACCUCCAAACCCAGUUGCAAGACCUCGAGACUCGUUUGGCUUUGGCUGAAACCACCAUCGCAGACAAGGACAUGGAGGCUCAAGUCAAGCAACUGCAGGAGCAAAUGGCCGUGCUGGAAUCACAGGAGCAUCUCCAAGCCCAGUUGCAAAACCUUGAGACCCGCUUGGCUGAAAUAGAAAUCACCACAGACAAGGACAUGGAGGCUCAAGUCAAGCAGCUGCAGGAGCAGGUGACCGCGCUGAAGCCGCAGGAGAGUCUGCAAAAUCGGACGGAAGAAUUCGAAACGGAACUGGCUAAAGUGAAGAACGCUGCUGGCAAGGACAUGGAAGAUCAUGCCAAACAACUCUUGGGCAAGUUCCAAGAGCGUGCGAACUCGCUGGAAAGCCGAUUCAACGACUUCGAUACGGCCUUAACCGAAAGGAAGAUCACUGCUGGCAAGACCGUCGACGCUAAAUUGGAACAGCUGCGAGACCGAGUUCAAGGGCACUUUUCUGCUCUGAAACAGCAGGAAGAGGAUAUGAAGGCCCGAAAGGAAGCGUUCGACGCGAGCUUGAAAACUGCUGAGCAGAGCUGGGCUACUGAGUUGAAGCAAGUGCACGACAGGUUCAACGCGCAGUUUCAGAAUUUGGACUUGCAGGGUCGAUUUGCCAGUGAACUGGGAAAAGUGGAACAGACGGGACGUGAGCUGGCAAAUGAAUUCACCGAUAAGGCUCGUGAUGGGUUCGAAAAGCUCGUCGGAGAAGGACGUGUUGAGGCGUGGGCCUAUGGGUUAUUGAAAGAGCUAAUCGAUCGUGAGAUACACUUUUUGAGCUCUGGUGAUAUCCGGUCGUACGUCUGGGACAAGAUAGAUCGGAUUGUGAUGGAGCAGGUUUCAUUUCAAUUCCCUGAUCCAGGCCCUACCAAUCUCGCGCCGUCCCCAGCCGCCCAUCCUCAGUUCCUGGCCGCUCCUCCUCAAAGCCCGACGGUAGAGGACCCCAAAUCUCCUGAUGGGUCCUCCUCAGGUCCCAAGCAGUCGAGACGGUCUCGCAGGCGCAAGUCGAAAUCCUCGGCGGCUUCUCAUCCUCAAGGCAGCGUGGAGGUCUCUGAUCUCGGCAUGGCAUCUCCUACAGCUCCUCCGUCUACCAACAAGACGGAGAAGAAUGUGCCUAAGCCCCAGGAGAGACCUCACGCCGGGCCCAGGGUGUCGACUCCCGCACCCCGGACCGGUCCUGCAUCUCCGGUGACUACCGCUCCCGCCAAAGGCAAUGUGGGAGAGGCCUCCAAACCUUUGGAGAGGCCCUCCCCGGGUCUUCAGAGCUCGCGGUAUGCACCCCAGGUCGGUCCGGCGUAUUCGGAGGCUGGUCCCUCUCGAAGCAUGGUGCCGGACGUCUUCAAGCCGCAGGGAGGCCUUGCGGGCUCGAUCUAUGCGGCCCCCGCCAGUAACCCCCCUCCCGCCAGCCCUACUGUCCCUCAGACACGGGAUAAGGGCAAACAGCCCAUGAGGAACGAGACUUCACAGGUCUCGGGAACUUCGCAGGGACCCCCCCAAACUCCAACGGAGGGUGUUCCUGGGCGAUCAUCGGCCUUUUGGGCCGAUGAUCAUAAGGGAGAUGUGAGGAUCUUCGGUGGUCAGGGCUCGAAGGAUGCUCCCCAAGCUCCUAAGGGCCCUUCAGGGCCCAAGAUCGAGGCCAAGGGGCCAUCGACAAGCCAGGCCAUGGGGAUUGCGAGACAGUCCGUGCCCAGGCAACCGUCCGCCCAAGCAGUUGGUAUCCAGGGUUCCACGCAGGCGGGAUUCUCUCCCGAGAAUCUCCCUAACCUUCCGAAGCUGCCCGCCCAAACGAGUCGGCCGACACACCGCGCUGGUGUAGUCGAAGAAAACCUUACAUUCGGCAAGGUUUUCGCGACUCUCAGGUCGCAGGUGCAGAAGGACAGGCCUCCUGUACGUCCGGACCCGAAGACGGAAGUCGGGGGAUUGGCACCGGUGAAGCAGGACCCGACCAAGGCGACUCCGGGUCCUGCAGUUCCCGAAGAAGCUUCCAAGGCGCUGUCCCUCGUCGAUAAGGGAAAGGCUAAGGAAGGCUCGGGUCCUGCAGGAGGAGCCGCCAAAUCGGAAUCAUGGUCCGAUUUGGUCGAGGAGGACCUGCAGAAGUCGAAAGGCUCACCGGGCGCCAGCCAGCCAACAAGGGCCCCCUCAAGCACCAGUGUCCCUGUAGCGGCUGGGAAAGAGCCCUCGAGACCGACCCCGGUAAAGGAGAGCAGCGCUCAAGUUGCUCCCGGGGUUGCACACUCGAGGUGGGCUCCUCAGUCUGGGACCGAUGCUCCCACCCCUCCUGCGGCUGCGGAAAAAGCCAAGGACUUGCCUCCAGUCUCCCCAGGACUGUCAGAGUCGAAGCGGGCCGGUCCUGCUUCGACCAAAGAGGCUAGCAAGGCACCGCCCGCAGAGAAGAAAGGGGUGAGUGCAUCGCGGUGGGCUUCCUAG